UCCACCCCAUCCCGCGGGGCUGAGCCCGGCGCGGCGCGCUCCCGGAUUGGGGCGAGGACGCGCCUCCCAACCGCCGAGCCAGGCGCGCCCCCGAGGUUUAGCCUCAGCCCGUGACUGAGGCGGGAGCUGCCAGUUGAGUCCCGAGCGCCGGCUCCGCUCUUCCUGCUGCUGUAGGCACAAAUCCUGGAUCAAAGAUCCCUGGGAGAGACAAUGAGCUAUUGCUAGGCUGCCUAUACUGCUGAUUUUCAGUUGAUUCCUGCAGUUUGAGGCACCUGGAGUCAUGGCAGACUGGCUGCUCAUUGGAUUGUUUGCUGCACUGGUUGCGCUUCUGCUGUUGACACUCUUUGGCUUUGCUGUUUAUUCGGGGCUCUUCACAGAAGUGAUUGUGAGUGCUGGUUUGCCCCCCUUCAGCAGCAUCACUGUGGCAUAUAAAUUCCAGGUGGGGCCUUAUGGUGACUCUGGAAGGCUGUUUACGGAGAGCUGCAGCAUCUCUCCAAGGCUGUGCUCCAUUGCUCUCUACUAUGACAACCCUCACACGGUGGAUCCAGAGAAAUGCCGCUAUCUUGUGGGUAGCAUCUUGAGUGAAGGAGAAGAGAAGCCAUCUGAGGAAGUGGUGCGCAUGUUUCUGAAGUAUGGUUUCAAGAUCAUCAACUUCCCAGCCCCUAGCCAUGUUGUCAUGGCAACUUUUCCCUACACGACUCCACUGUCCAUCCAUCUGGCAGUGAACCGUGUCCACACAGCCCUUGACGUAUACAUCAAGGAAGCUCUGCACAAUGGUUUGAAGACUCAACAAUUGGAAACUUUAAAGUGCCAUGUCAUGGAUCACCUGAUAUUAUUCUGACAUCAGGUGAUUGAC